GUGAUUAAAUGUGCGUGUGGACUCCUUUUAUCCGGGCUCAAAAAUUUCAAUUUCUUUUUCAUUGUGCGUGCUGCCUAGUUACACCUUAGAAGGUGUACAUAGAAUCUCUUCUUCAUCCUCUUCUUCUUCCUCGGCCAUAUCGUCACCAUCAUCAUCAUCGUCAAUAAAAAUAGGUGAUUCUCCGGUUCUACCUCUCCAGUUGUACCUCUCCAUACGAAAAGAGCAAAGGAGGACAACGGGAUGGAGGCAGGAACCAACGACGAGAGGGAGCCCUUUAGAUCCCUCGGCGUCAGAUCUAGCCGAUUCAAUUCUCGGUGUUCAAGGGCUGUUCCGGAUUCAAUGAACAUGGUGAUGACUGGCAUUGAUGUAUGAGAAAUUUAUCAGAGGUGGAAAACCACUACUGUUGGCAAAAAUGAAAUCUAUCGAAAGUCGAAACCAUUAGCACAAGGUUCAAUUGCAAGGUUUGAAUUGUUUUUUCCCCUUCGUUUUUAAAGGUAGGAUUCUUCCGGAUUUUGGGUUUUGGUGAUACUGACGGCUGACCGGAUCUGUUAGCCGCAUAGCCUGCUUAGUGAUGAAAGAACACAAAGGAGAUUCCAAUUUCUUAGCCCGGCAAUGAGAGAAGCGUUGGAGUUGUUCUCUGACUCUCUCACACCCCAACACUGAUCAAUGUAGAAAGUUUGGAAUGUAGAAAGUUUGAAAGUAGUUGGUAAAUCAACUACCACUGGCUGCGUCAGUAACAACUGAAAAUAGCAGGGAUCAUGAACCUGUUAAAUUGCUGCUUUUUGUUUCUGGCAAGAGAGACAAUGAUCUUGUUGGCUGCCCAAAAGAAGCAUCAUGCACGUUUUGGCUGCAAAUACUUGAUUUGUCAUCUUAUUAGCAUAUUCAACUGGGAGAGAUCUGAAAUUUACCAGUUGAAGCUUCUAUCACGCUGGGCCUCUCAAAUCUCCAUUUGAUCUAUUUUAUAUUUUGGGAAUCGGUAAGCGCUUCCGUCAAUUGCUGUCUGGUUGGUUUUCAUAAUAGCGGUUCACAUGUUGUAAGAGGGGGUUUAGUUUUAGUUUUCACCUAGAUCCCUGAUUUGGGAUUAAUAGAGUUUCUCUAUCUGAGAUCGUAGUUCUCAUUGUCAAGGGUGUUUUCAUAAUUCGUUUGCUUUUUAUCUAUGGAUGAAUAUGAAGCAUUAUUCCAUGAUCUGAUAUUGGUGUUAAGAUUUGUGGACAGUAAACAACCAUGGAGGAGCCGUGGCAGUGAUGGUGGUAGUGGAAAACAACAUUGUAGAUUUGAGUUUUUCUUUGUAUGUUGAGAAGACAGUUUAAUGGCUCUCUGUUAUAAAACUUUUGAUAUUUCUUUUGUCAUUGAGCUUCUUAAAAAGCUCUGCGCUUAUUAUUCUGAUAAUUUUCGGGUUGGUGACAGUGUUCAAACUAUAUUUGAUUCACAGAGAAUAGGAAUAGCAAUGCUCUUAAUUUGUUGUUUUUUCAUUUACAUAUACUAAUUUUUGGAGUUGGAAAUUGGGCAAGGUCUCGACAUAGACACUCAAAAAAUAUACGAUUGUGUUAAAUAACACUAGCAACACCCCUGGAACCUACUGUAUUCUAAUUUGAAAUUAUUAUUAUUAUUAUUACGUUUUUUUUUCAUUAACAAAUUAGAGAACACAUGGCCAUUUGCGUGGGGCAAACAUCUAGAUUUUGAAGGGAGGUCUACAUAAACCUAUUUUUGUUAAUAGUAACAUAUUUUACCUAUGAAGUAAUAGCAAACUUAACGCGGGGCCGUAGACAUCCGCCUCUAAUAAUGAUAAUCAUAUAAUUAUUAUUAUUAUUAUUAUUAUAUGAUUUAAUUUUUUAUUUAACGGACUCCCCCCGGCUUAUAAAUCGUUAACAUAAACAUUUGUUUGGUUCAAUUAAUUUAUAUACUCCCUCUGUUCUAUAAUUAUUGUUCAGUUUGGGUUUUCAUUUUUAGUACAAAUUGAAUUAAAAAUGAAAACUCAAAGUGGACAAUAAUUUUGGAACAGAAGGAGUACUUUUCAAAGUGGCUACGUUUUGUACAUACCUAAUUUUUUUAACCUAAUUAUGUUUAAUGUGUCUACAUUUUCAUACUUUCUAAUAAUUUUGUUAAUUAAAGUAAUAUAACAUUAAAGCCGACCGGACAUCCGCCCGGACCAAGCAUCUUGUAGAUUAUUAUUAUUUAUACAUUAUCUAUCCAAGUGUCAAAGUCGGAAAAAUUUUGUCCGAAUUUUAUAGUCUUCAAACAAUUUUUAAUUUGUUUGAAUUAUUUACUACAAAUUUUCAAUGUUAUUGGCAAUAUAAAUUUAUGCAUGGAUUUGGUUUUUCCCAUUUAGUAGUAAUUUUUUCAUGUAAUAAACAAUAAAUAAAUGUUCACACAUUACAUACUACUAUUGUUGUGGAUUAAUCUACGUUAAUUUAAUAUGAUCCCAAAAAUUGUGACGGAGAAAUCAAACCAUUUUAAAAUCGGUUCAACCGACUAUUUGAUCUCUCCGAUCCGGUUUGAAGCAAAAUCAGACAGUUAAUUUAAAGAAACUCUUUUUAGGAAAUUCCGCCGUGUCUUCAAAAUCACCCGCCGAAUCCAGAAAGCCUCUCGUUCUUGCCUAAAUUUCCAUCAUAGGAUGCUAAUUCCGCAUUGAAAAAACCUUCCAUUUUUUGUUAAUUCAUCAUUUCCUUUUUGCGGGAUGGAUUGUUUGGAAAGCAUUGAAUCCCCAUCUCAAGCAUACCGAACCUUGUUUAAGGUUAUCAUCAGGGCCAUUCCAAUCAGUCACUAUGUUUUGGCGGCGGCGAUUGCUUUGAUUCUGUUGUUGUACAAUUUCCUCGAGUUCCAUUUUUUCGAAGAUCUCUUCACUGGGUUUCGCGGCAGCCGGGUGUUGUUGACUUUUAAUCCGAGCUCAGAGUUGUACGAGAAAGUUGCAUCCAAAUGUCGGACUCUUCAUGGGAGAUACAUGGCGACGCCGUGGCUUUCAAGUCCUCAUAUCCAAUCUGUCUUCAUAAAUUUCUUUGGGAGGCCCCCCGUUUUCAAGUACAGAAGAGAAAUAUUUCAUGCGUCCGAUGGUGGGACAUUUGCCCUUGAUUGGCUUACAAGUUAUGAUGUGUCUCAAGAUUCCACUACAAAGAGUUCUUCCAUUUCGAAGGAUGAUACCACUCCAAUUGUUGUCGUAAUUCCAGGGUUAACAAGUGAUUCCGGUUCACCGUAUCUAAAGCACCUUGCCUACGAUACCGCAAAGCGUGGUUGGAAUGUGGUCAUCAGCAACCAUCGAGGGUUGGGUGGAAUGUCAGUGACUUCUGAUUGCUUCUAUAAUGCUGGAUGGACAGAAGACAUACGAUCUGUAGUUGAGUAUCUUCAUCAGGCUUAUCCAGCGGCUCCAUUAUUUCUUAUUGGAACAAGCAUUGGUGCUAAUGUCCUGGUUAAAUAUCUUGGAGAGGAUGGGGAGAAUGUUUAUGUUGCUGGAGCUGUGGCUAUCUGUUCACCAUGGGACCUUUUGAUUGGCUCCAGAUUCAUUGGUCGUCGUCUUAUACAGAAGUUGUAUGACAGAGCUCUGACCAUUGGUCUACAAGGUUAUGCACAAUUACAUGAACCUCGGUAUACUCGCCUAGCUAAUUGGGAAGGGAUAACAAAGUCACGUUCUAUCCGGGACUUUGACGCCCAUGCUACUUGCCUUGUUGGGAAUUAUGAGACUGUAGAUACAUAUUACAGGCAUUGUAGUUGUUCCACUUUUGUUGGGCGGGUUUCAGUACCAUUACUCUGCGUUGGUUCUUUGGAUGACCCUCUUUGCACUACUGAAGCUGUACCCUGGGAUGAAAUCAGGAACAAUAAAAAUGUUGUGCUUGCCAUGACAAAGCAUGGAGGACAUCUGGCAUUCUUUGAAGGAAUAACUGGUUCUCACCUUUGGUGGGUGAGAGCAGCUAACGAAUUCCUUGGUGUUUUGCAUUCUAGUCCAUUGAUGCAUACAAGGAAGAUACAAAGUACAUCUCAUUCUGCGUUGGUGGACUCUUCCAUUGAUCAAGGUCCAUACCUAAGUGCAGCGGAUGGGAUGGUUGCGGCUAUGGGCACCGAGCAUUCAUCGAACAAUGCUACUUUGUUUACGUCAGCUGAAGAGCACAGAGUUCAUGAAAAUCCAGAAUCCACAUCAGAAAGGGAGCAACGCCAAUCCACUCCGGAAGCAAACUCUGGUGACAGUUCCAGCCGACAUGCCAACUCCGAGGAUGUCAAAUCUACAUCUCCAGAAGGUAUUACUAAAUACUUGAGUCAGCUUUCUCGUCACAACAAAAAUUCGAUGUGGCUACUUGCAUACGUUGCCAUCCUUUCGUCGUGGCCUCUGUUGGGCACCGCCCUUAAAUUUUUGUUUAGGAAGAAGUUCAAGAGAGGCGUACCUUCAAAUGUUAAUAGAUGAUGGCAUGAUGCGUGAUGUUGUCCUUCCUACUUCAAGUAAUGUUUGUUCAAUUGAAAUGUAAAAGUGUAACUUGUAAUAUUAUUAAUAAAUGAACAUACUGUAUCAUUUUCUAUGUAUAUAUUAGGAAUAACCCUAUCGCACUUUUCACUUUUUCAACUCGUGAGAUUAAAUUGAGUCUCCCAAAGUGAGAUAUCUCC